GGAACAGUACUCGGGCUGCGACUGAUGACGUUUCACCAAUCCACGAGAACAAAAGUCCACACAAGAACGCAUAUUGAGAAAGAGCCUAUGGGAACAACACCUUCUAGUCAGGAGUGCUAUGCUGCGCAGCAAAAGGGUUGCGCAGUAGUGAUUUCCUUUAACACUUCUCUAUGAGCCGGAAACGAAACAAGCCCAUCAUGUGAUUUUCUUCUGUGGCCGUUUUUUAUUUAGUGUGUAACAGAGCCAGCUAUUUAGAUACUGAGUCAAUUCAAAAGUAUUCAAAGAAGCGCAGCCUGGACACGAAAACACAACUAAACCCCGGCUAACAUGGCUGAUGAUUUAAAGAGAUACCUUUACAAACAGCUGCAAAGUGUUGAAGGUCUUCAUGCUAUCGUAGUGACUGACAGGGACGGUGUCCCUGUUAUUAAAGUUGCCAAUGACCACGCCCCAGUCCAAGCUCUAAGACCUGGCUUCUUGUCCACUUUUGCUCUGGCCACUGAUCAGGGCAGCAAGCUGGGCCUCUCCAAGAACAAGAGCAUCAUCUGCUACUACGACACCUACCAGAUCGUGCAGUUCAAUCGUUUGCCACUGGUCAUCAGUUUCAUUGCCAGCAGCAACGCCAACACAGGUCUGAUCAUGAGUCUGGAGAAGGAGUUGGCUCCACUAAUAGAGGAGCUGAGGCAGGUGGUGGAAGUGACAUAAGCUGUGACAGACAGGACCGCCCUGGAUCACAUCCCCCUGCUCACUGAAUCUCUCUCUCUGUAGUGGUGCGUUCAGGGCCAGUGUGAAAAACUGUCUGGUAGUUUUUACAGUUCCAAUGACAUCUUUAUCUGUUUACAACAUAGUUUCCCAUUUUGUUCUGUUUACUUUGUUUUGUCUUUUUCUGUAGAUAUUAGGUGCUUCUCAUCAGAGUUUAUAUGUCCAAUCAAAUGUCAAGAAGUCUGAAUAAAUGUCUCUUUUAGCACCUA